AUGUCCGAAAGAGAGGAAAACGUGUACAAGGCGAAACUCGCCGAACAGGCGGAAAGAUACGAUGAAAUGGUAGAAUCCAUGAAAAAAGUAGCAUCGUUAGAUGUUGAAUUAUCCGUAGAAGAACGAAACCUGUUAUCUGUAGCAUAUAAAAAUGUGAUUGGAGCUCGGCGUGCAAGUUGGCGCAUAAUUUCAAGUAUUGAACAGAAAGAAGAGAACAAAGGUGCUGAAGAAAAGCUAGAGAUGAUCCGCCAAUAUAGAUCGCAGGUUGAGAAAGAAUUACGGGAUAUUUGUUCAGACAUUCUAAAUGUACUUGAUAAACAUUUAAUAGCAUGUGCUGCUUCUGGUGAAUCUAAAGUUUUCUAUUAUAAGAUGAAAGGUGACUACCACAGAUACCUGGCCGAAUUCGCUACUGGAGAUGACAGAAAAGAAGCCGCUGAACAUUCUCUGGUCGCCUAUAAAGCCGCUAGUGAUAUCGCUAAUCAAGACUUACCUCCUACUCACCCAAUAAGGUUGGGUUUGGCAUUGAAUUUUUCUGUAUUCUACUAUGAGAUUCUCAACACACCUGAUAGAGCUUGUCAUUUAGCUAAAAAAGCUUUUGAUGAAGCAAUUGCUGAAUUGGACACGUUAUCCGAAGAGAGCUAUAAAGAUUCUACACUUAUAAUGCAGUUGUUAAGGGACAACCUAACCUUGUGGACUUCAGAUAUGCAAGGAGAUGGUACAGAAGCUGAACCUAAAGAGCAGCUUCAAGAUGUUGAAGAUCAAGAUGUCUCAUAA